UUUGCAACCCACAUCUAUUAAUGAGAGAAAAGGAAUUCUUUUGCGGGGGGGAUAUUUCUCUUAAUUGGAGUUCAAAGGCGGUGUCUGCUAUCAUCACAUAAAGUGCAAAUGUUCAUGUAUGAAAACCAUGCUUAGCUCUCUGGUACAAACACAGGGAGCUCUCGCGAUCUGGCCCAUAGGCUGUAGUCUGCAGACCCUUGCUAUAGUUGAACACCAGUCGCCCACACUGGGUUUGCGGUGUUCUGGGGUGGGAAGUCGCUCCGGGCUGCGAAGCACCUCGAGGGAUCCCCCCGGCCCGAACUCUCCCUCUGUGCCCAGCUAACCGCGGUUCAUUGGCUCUCCCCGCGAGGCAGUUCUGGAAGAUCAAGAAUGAAGCUCGGAGCUCUCUCGCGGAGCAAGGACACCUUCGGGCUUCAGGACCACCCACGGCGUCCAAAACUGCUGCCAGGGCUGUGCCCCCGCCCCCCGGCACUUUCCAGCUCCCCCUCCACGCCCGCUCUUCCUCCCUCUCGGCCCCCUCCAGCUCCUCCUCCGGCUCCUCCCCCUCCGCUCCUCCCCUUCCCUACAUCUAGCCGCCGCGCUUUCCCGCUCCCGCAGCAGCAGCCUCCCGCGUCGCUGUCGCUGUUGCCUCCGCCACCUCCUCCGCCGCCGCGCGCCCCUCGGAGUUCCGCGCCCCACCAUGCCCAACAUCGUGCUGUUCAGCGGCAGCUCGCAUCAGGACCUGUCCCAGCGCGUGGCCGACCGCCUGGGCCUGGAGCUGGGCAAGGUGGUCACGAAGAAGUUCAGCAACCAGGAGACCAGCGUGGAGAUUGGUGAAAGUGUGAGAGGGGAAGAUGUCUACAUCAUCCAGAGCGGCUGCGGGGAAAUUAACGACAACCUGAUGGAGCUCCUCAUCAUGAUCAACGCCUGCAAGAUUGCGUCAUCAUCCAGAGUGACUGCCGUGAUCCCGUGUUUCCCAUACGCCCGACAAGAUAAAAAGGACAAGAGUCGUGCCCCAAUUUCUGCAAAACUUGUGGCCAAUAUGCUGUCGGUGGCUGGGGCGGAUCACAUCAUCACCAUGGACCUGCAUGCUUCUCAGAUACAGGGAUUCUUUGAUAUUCCUGUGGAUAAUUUGUAUGCGGAGCCCGCAGUCCUGCAGUGGAUUCGGGAAAACAUUGCCGAGUGGAAGAACUGUAUCAUUGUUUCACCUGACGCAGGGGGAGCCAAAAGGGUCACAUCAAUUGCAGACAGGUUGAAUGUGGAAUUUGCUUUGAUCCACAAAGAGAGGAAGAAGGCGAAUGAAGUGGACCGGAUGGUCCUGGUGGGCGACGUGAAGGACCGUGUGGCCAUCCUCGUGGAUGACAUGGCUGACACAUGCGGCACCAUCUGCCAUGCUGCGGACAAGCUGCUGUCAGCUGGAGCCACCAAAGUGUAUGCUAUCCUUACCCAUGGGAUCUUCUCUGGACCAGCUAUUUCCAGAAUAAAUAAUGCCGCCUUUGAGGCUGUUGUCGUCACAAACACAAUUCCGCAAGAGGACAAAAUGAAACACUGCACCAAGAUUCAGGUCAUUGACAUUUCCAUGAUCUUGGCCGAAGCAAUCCGAAGGACACACAAUGGGGAAUCCGUGUCCUACCUGUUCAGCCACGUCCCGCUAUAAAUCCAGAAUGGGAAGUGUCCAGCAAGCCUACUCUGACUUCUGACUUGUUUUUGUUUUCUGGAUUUUUAGCUGUAGGUACUCAGCAAUGAUAGGUUAAUCACUGGCAAAAGCAUCAGAUCUUUGUAUAUGCUAAGAUUUAUUGUUUCCCCUUCUAAAGCUCAAGAUCAUUUCUUUCCAGUUUUUGGGGAAAUGGUGGUGGUUAUUUGGUCUUUAAGUGAACUGUCUUAAAUGAGAAACGUUUUUGUCAUUUUGACUUUUAACAGGUACAGGUGAUCUCUUCCUUUGUUCUUUCAGUACUUUGAGGCAACAACUUUCAAGUAUAUAAUUUCAUUGUGGAAGUCAUAGUUUAUAUAUUUCGAGGUUGCCAAAGGUGACUUCAGAUUAAAGCCUUCUGUGUAAAUAUAUACUGAUAAUGCCUAUGGACAUUUGGGUAAAACCCUGUAUAGAAUUAAUUAUCCUUUUACUUUGGAGUGAACCUUGGAAAAUUUAUAAUUAUAAUACCAUGGAUUUUGAAUUUUUCUCUUUUUUUUUUUUGAUAACUCAGUUUCAGAUAAACCAUCUUGGUUAUUGUGCUUAAUUUGGACCAAAUUUUAUUUAGCUUAAUAUGGACACUGACACAUUUUGGGGGGUAUACAUUAGACAUAUCAGAGCAGUGUAGUUCUGGAUCAUUUUUUAAAUUACCUCUUCUAAAACAUAACUGUCACUUACCUGAAAUGCUGCAUCCUAAAAUUCCAAAAUUAUAUUGAGCAAUCGCCAAGGCCUAAAGCCAACUGACUUAAAGGUAAUCAUUUCAGCUAAGAUUAAAUUUAAAGUCUAAGAAUGUAUAGAGCUAGUUUUAAAAUAAUGAUCUCAGAUUUUUAAAAAGGAUAUAGGAACCUGCAUUGUCAUUCUCUGAAUUAAGAACUGAUGGUUUCUAUCAUUAUUUAGCCCCACGUUUGUAUUUUAAAAUCCUUCAGAAUACAUUUAUGAACCAAUGCGACUGGAAUUAGCCACACACAAUGGAAAUUCAGACCUUGAUUGACUAUUUGGUGUUUCCAGUUCACAAAGGUGAUGAAGACUGUCUUGGGAGCAGCUUAAUCCCAGAAUUUGUACAUUUCUUGCUGCUCCUGGCAUGGAAACUUAAGUGAUACCACCAAAUACAUUGGUCCUGUCCAAUUCUACUGAAUGGGGGUGGACUUGGCAUUUAUCUGGCCAAAAACAGGAGCCAGAGAAAUAUGAAUAUACCAAAGUUGUUUAGCCUCCAACUUAAAUUACAUUAGUCAACUUAUAGAUAUUCAUAUGAUCACUUUUCUUUUUAGAUACUACAUCAACUAGAUUCAGGAGUAUAUCAUUUGCAGUGCUUGUAUUGGUUUAAAAUAUAAGAUUUUAGGAUCCUCUAACACUGUACUAAAACAUUUCAAUAAAAUCAUUCUGACUGCUUUCA